AUGAACACAGUACAUCAGAACACUCAUAAAAACCCGCCCAAUGAAAGCUUUCCGAAUAGAGGUGUAGAUAAUGUGGAAUUCAGCAAGCGGCGUAUUCUGAGGGGAAACAACUCAAUGGAACAUAAACGGCAUCAAAUGAAACGAGAUCAGACCGACCAUAAAGCCUGGUCUGUGGAUGUAAGUCAGGGAACCCACCUUCCGUACAUAGGAUAUGAUAACAGUGACAAAAACAAACUACGAAACAGUAUCGGAAGCUGCACGGACACGAUUGCUGAAGAAAGAAGACUAUUUGGGCCCUGGCAGAUUCCAAGCGCUGACCGCGAACAGAAACUGGUCAGUCGUCUUGCCCCUCAUAAACUUCCCCCUCCGCCUGACCCGCGGUUUGACUCCUGGGUCAACCAUUUCCAGCAUUACUGGGACAUUGGUGCCAACGUGAAGCCGGUUAGGAAAUCGCUGCAGAAAUCUUCCAACACAGGAACCAGUUUAAGAGAAGAAUCAUCGAUGGCAGAAAAUCAGUCUGCACACGGUGAUGGCAAGUUUUAUAUGACUAGUUACCAUCGAUUAAUGGGGCAACGACCCAGGAGAUUGAUAAGACUGCAGGCUAAAGAUUGUCAACAGGAGAAUCAAACAGGCAGAGAAGAUGAGUCUGGACAGCUCUCGGAGACAUAUUGUAACAAAUUAGGAGGGAAACACCGUGUCAACGAAAGAAGACACACAGGACAAGAUUAUGAAAAGGAAGUACUGUUGCCCGGCCUUGACCGCAGGUACCUGGGUCUGCAACCAAUGAACAAGCAGCAGGUAGAGGACAUGGUGAUGCGGCUAACACGAAUGACCUCAGCGUACAAGGCCAAGUUCUCCCCCAACCCUCACGUGUGGGUCGACACGUCCCCUGGGGCUCACAUGGUGAUCAAGCGAGAGAACACCAUAGGUUGA